AUGUUUUUCACAGUUGUCCUCAAAUAUGCUGCCCUUCUCAUGACUACCAGUGCCGCUUCACUGCCGGCUACCAUCCCUGGAUUCGAGGCUGGGGUCCGCACUGUAUGCUUCGAUGAGACUCCCAACCUACAUUGCUACUCAGGAGAAAACGACAUCCCUCAGAAUGUCGACCCAGAAGACGUUAGCUUUAUAGCAAGCUAUCUGCGCGCCUACGGCCGGCAGACUAGAAUUGGUAGAUUGUUCACCAUGAAGGCGGCCGAUGCGUCUGACUGUGGAGAAUGGGCUCUGUAUGCACGUGGCACAGCGGCAGCCUACGCCAAAAAGACCAACAUGACAUAUGACUCCUCAGUCCUCUUUUCUGAUAUUGCAGACACAAUCGACGGUGGCAAGAAGUCAGAGGCUGACAGCCUCCUCAAGUGUCAAGCGGAUGGUGGCUCUUUUGGUACACAAAUUGCAGAUGUAGCUGCUCCAGCAUAUGUGACUCCAGAAUAUGUUGAGGCAGGUUUCAAGCCUGAUGGCAUUCUCAUAAAGAUUGUUUCAAACAAAGAGCUUUAG